GAUUCACGAAAUUUUCUUCGCCUUCAACAGCUUCACUUGGUCUUCGACGAUCUGGAGAGUCAUCAUAAUGAAUAACAUCGAAAUAACGGAGCUCCCGCAAGGGAUCUUCGGAAACGUCUCUAUCGUGGCCGUGGGCGUCCAACUAUCCCCAAACUUCACCGCCAUUCAUCCGUCGGUCCUGCUUUCCAUGAAAGAGACAAUUAUGGCCUUUUGGAGCGAUCGGUGCAGCCUCGAAGACUUUCCCUGGGAUAUUCUGCCUCAGUUGGUCGCUUUCACGAAUCUCCAUCUCCCCGGCAACGCUCUGACGACCGUGCCUGUCUUGCAAAGCGAAACGCUCGAUGACCUCGACCUUGCGGAUAAUAAUAUAUCAUUCAUUGAGGGCGGUUGGUUCCUGCCAAAUCUGAGGUGGUUGAGCAUGGGUGUCACGGCUGGCACACAAGUUUAUCUAUCAUAUAAUUUGAUCACUGCACUGACGGAGGAAGCAUUUCGUUCGAUGGCGGAAGCUGUCUCAUUGGGAAACGGAAUCCUCUUGGUACAUGAGAAUCCCAUUCAGUGCGAUUGCAGUAUGGCUUGGCUGGUACUCGAUCAAGUCCUCCUCUCUCAAGUUCGAGGGUCCUGUGAGGAUGGUACUUCUUUUCAAGAACUGGAUCCGAAUGUCUUCGAAGAACUUUGCAACCAGAUGAAUCCUCCGAUGCUGGACGGUUAUUCCAAC